ACAUGGUUGGAGACUUGGGGAAAAUGGAGGCUGGCAUGGGACAGACCUUUGGGAUCCAAAGAACAAAACAGAACAGAAAAACGUACACAGAUUGUCGGUUUCUUAUCGAACCUAUGUGCCACCUCCGCAGCUAAUGGUCUUGUUCUAUCACUCUUUCUGUACUAUGACAGUAGAAGUCAAAAGACAACGGAGCAAGUACAGUGGAGCUCUGCAGCUUUCAAUUAUUAGAAAAACAAAUACAAAUAUCAGGAAAAAUAAAACCGGUAUUUUUCUCCAAAUACAAUGUUUCUGUCUGUUGCUUGGUGGGUUUUUUAGUAGCCAUAGAUUCGUGGUAGAUUCCAGAUGCUCUUUUGUAAUCAAAUGCCUACCCAAGAUUUCCCGAUUAACAGUACUGUACUUCUUCUGAGUCAUACAUGCAUACACCACGGUGAACCGAACUGAGUCACUAAGUGGCGACUGGCUAGUGCUUGAACGGUCGUUGGAGAUGUAAAGAGUUAGAUUUUUUUCUUUUUUCAGCUUUUUCUAACUGCUUCUCUGGCCAAGUUAUAUGUGGCUUUCUCCCCUUCCAUACUUUCUUUGUCUCGAAUAAAAUAUUUUUUCUAUCCCAGAAGCCAGAAUCCAGUUCACUAUUUGCAAUAUUUUGUAUUUAUACAAGAUUAGUUAGACUAUUGGGAGUUUUAUUCAUUGGUUACAAGAUGAACGGAGCUGCUCUUGUAGCUCUUGCUGCUACUAUUGGUAACUUCUUGCAAGGAUGGGAUAAUGCCACAAUUGCCGGGGCUGUUGUUUACAUCAAGAAGGAUCUCAGUUUGAGUACUACUGCAGAAGGUCUUGUCGUGGCCAUCUCACUCAUUGGAGCCACUUGUAUCACAACAUGCUCUGGACCCAUAUCAGAUUGGCUUGGUCGUCGUCCAAUGCUAAUACUCUCAUCAGUUCUCUAUUUUAUUAGUGGUUUGAUAAUGUUGUGGUCACCCAAUGUUUAUGUCCUAUGCCUAGCAAGACUGUUAGAUGGAUUUGGAAUCGGUUUGGCAGUUACUCUUGUUCCAGUCUAUAUAUCUGAGACUGCCCCAUCAGAAAUUAGGGGAUCGUUAAACACCCUUCCUCAGUUUACUGGUUCUGGUGGCAUGUUUUUGUCAUAUUGUAUGGUUUUUGGGAUGUCAUUGAUGACCUCACCUAGUUGGAGGUUAAUGCUUGGAGUUCUUUCCAUUCCUUCCCUUGUGUAUUUUGCAUUAGCAGUAUUUUUCUUGCCCGAAUCUCCUCGGUGGCUUGUGAGCAAAGGAAAGAUGGUUGAGGCAAAACAGGUUCUGCAGAGAUUACGUGGCAGGGAAGAUAUUUCAGGUGAGAUGGCUCUGUUGGUUGAAGGUCUUGGAAUCAGCGCUGAAACAUCUAUAGAAGAGUACAUAAUUGGUCCAGGUGAUGAACUUGCUUAUGGGGAGGAACCCACUACUGAGAAAGACAAAAUCAGAUUAUAUGGACCUCAAGAGGGCCUCUCGUGGGUUGCCAAGCCUGUGACUGGACAGAGUUCUCUGGCGCUUGCCUCUCGCCAGGGAAAUCUAGCAAACCAAAGUGUCCCUCUUAUGGACCCACUUGUGACUCUAUUUGGUAGUGUUCAUGAAAAGCUGCCAGAAACAGGAAGUAUGCGAAGUAUGCUUUUUCCAACCUUUGGAAGCAUGUUCAGUACUGCAGAGCCUCAUGUAAAAAAUGCACAUUGGGAUGAAGAGAGCCUGCAGAGGGAAGGAGAGGACUACACAGCUGAUGCUGGUGAGGAAGAUUCAGAUGACAAUUUGCAUAGUCCAUUAAUCUCUCGCCAAACAACUAGCAUGGAAAAGGACACAGUGCCCCCUCCUUCCCAUGGCAGCACAUUGAGCAUGAGGCACCAUAGCAGUCUAAUGCAAGGAGGUGGGGAGACAGUUGGCAGUACUGGUUUAGGUGGUGGUUGGCAGUUGGCAUGGAAAUGGUCUGAGAGAGAAGGAGAGGAUGGAAAGAAGGGAGGAGGAUUUAAAAGGAUUUACUUGCACCAGGAGGGAGUCUCUGGAUCCCGCCGUGGAUCUAUUUUUUCACUUCCUGGUAAUGAUGUACUUCCAGAAGGUGAGUAUAUCCACGCUGCAGCUUUGGUAAGCCAGCCAGCUCUGUAUUCAAAGGAGCUUAUGGAUCAGCAUCCAGUUGGACCUGCAAUGGUUCACCCUGCUAAAACAGCUACAAAAGCUCCAAUUUGGUCAGCUCUUUCGGAACCUGGAGUUAAGCGUGCACUGAUUGUUGGGAUUGGAAUACAGCUGCUACAGCAGUUUUCUGGCAUUAAUGGAGUCCUUUACUACACUCCUCAAAUUCUUGAAGAGGCAGGUGUUGAGGUUCUUCUGGCAAACUUGGGCCUUGGUUCAGACUCUGCAUCGUUCCUUAUCAGUGCAUUUACAACCUUGCUGAUGCUUCCCUGUAUUGGUGUAGGCAUGAGACUCAUGGAUAUAUCAGGCAGAAGGCAGCUGUUGCUCGCCACCAUUCCAGUGCUGAUAGUGUCACUCAUCAUUCUAGUUAUUAGCGAGACUGUAUAUUUCAGCUCGGUUGUCAAAGCCGGAAUCUCAACUGCAUGUGUUAUAAUCUACUUCUGCUGCUUUGUCACAGCCUAUGGACCAAUACCAAAUAUUCUCUGCUCCGAAAUUUUCCCAACAAGGGUCCGUGGCCUUUGCAUUACUAUCUGUUCAGUGGUUUACUGGAUUUGCGACAUCAUUGUCACUUACACACUACCUGUGCUGCUUAGUUCGAUAGGCCUGGCUGGCAUAUUCGGGAUUUAUGCUGUUGUAUGUGUGAUCUCCUGGGUUUUCAUCUUCUUGAAAGUACCAGAAACCAAAGGCAUGCCACUUGAAGUCAUUACUGAAUUCUUUGCUGUUGGGGCAAGGCAAGCUGAUGCAGUCAAGAGUGAAUGAUUCAAAGCUUUUGUCCCUUCUGUGAUUUUAGCUGCUAGGGUUGUCUUCCAACCCUCCUUGGAGAGAUUUUGAGCGAUGUCAUUGCAAUGUGAUCAGUAUCAGCUGAUUAUAAGAGGUUAAAUGAUUUUUUUUUUUUCUAUCUAAAUUUAUUUUAGUAUUAUAUAGUUAAUUUUGUUUCAAAAAUACCCGAAUGCCAUGUCAAUAACAUAAUCAGUUCCUUGUAUUUAUGGAAUAUGCAUGGAGAUGGAAAACCAAUUCCCAUA